GAAAGUUGAGGAUUUUUGAGCGAACGAAGAGGCCUUCCUCCUGCAGUUGCAUCUUCGUGACAUCGCCGAGGUCGGCCAACUUUACACAUACGUGCAAGACAAGCAACAGGGAGACCUUCCGACCGAAAAGGAGACCGCCAAACACCAUAUGUAUACGCAGCGGCAUUCCCCAUUUGGCGUUUGUCGAAGAAGCACGUGCGACGACGAUUUGUGCCACAAAACUCCCAUUUCGUGAAUGAAGUGUGCUCCAAGACCGAUGAUGCGAUAUUUCUUCUUCAUUUUGGUGUUGUCGGGGGCCCUCACGGCGUCCGACUCGACGCCCCCUCGCAAGCACGAACUCUUCACUAAAUUGGGGCUCACACGCGUCAAGGCCCCCAACACCCACCACCGCAAACGUCUCGCUGUGGAGUCCCGCCACCACACCCGUUCCGACGACUCACACAUGUACGUCAUCAAACUGCCCCCCAACCCCCAUUACUACGCCCACAAUGCCAUCCCCGAGUCCAUCCCCCGCAAGAACAUCCCCGUUAGCUUCAAAAGCAACGGCAAACCAGCCAAAGUCUACCACUGGAACAUCCCCGUCAUCAAGAAGAUCGUCAACGCGAAACAUAAAAGUCGUAACAGUGAUAGCAACGAAAUUGAUUUUCAAAACGAGGUGUUUGAUAAGCCCGAGAAGGAGAGGAAGCCGGCGAAGGCGACGUUUUAUGUGCCGGCCAAGCCGAAGAAGGCCUCGUUUAUGAAGUAUUUCCCCGGGAAUGGGAAAUUGCACUCGUUUUAUGUCAUUGAGAGCAGCAAAAAGGCGCAUUAUCACAGGCUGUUGCCGUGAAAGGGAGGAAAAGUGCAAUCAAACGAGUCGGGGAGACUGAUUUUGGGCUUUUUCAGUUUUGUAUUAAUUAUAUGUAUUCCUUGUUUAUAUUAUUAAAGAAAUUUUAUUAAAAAUCA